AUGGUAAACAAGCUUAAACUGAUUCUAAUGAAAAUAAUUUUGCGGGAACAACAUGGAUUCACCUCAGGGCACAAAAUUAUGGACAGCAUUAUUAUGGUAGCAGAAACUAUUCAUUUAAUGCAUUCCUCCAAAUUCCAAGUUAAUGGAUCAGUGUGCGGCUUCUUUCAAGCUACUAAUGGGUUUCGGCAAGGAGACCCUUUGUUGCCCUUUUUGUUUGUUCUUAUAGUAGAAGUGCUUGAUGACACUAUUCUCUUUGGCUCAGCAACACAAAGAGAAGCUUAUGUCAUUAAGAGCGUGUUAGAAGACUACGAAAAGGAUUCGAGGCAAUGUAUGAAUAAGAAAAAAUCAAGGAUAUAUUUCCUCAACACUAACAAGAGAAUUCAGGCAAAGAUAGAGGGACUGUUGCAAUUCGGACAAGGAAGUUUUCCUAUUAAAUAUCUUGGGGUUCCUUUGUUUGCAGGAAAAUUGGAUAAUAGAAUGUUGGAAGAAGUGGUCAAUAAGUGCAAAGCCAAAUCAACUUUAUGGAAGAACAAAUGGCUUUCGCAGGCGGGGCGAAUUCAGAUGAUAAAAUCAGUUUUAUCUACAAUUCCUAUCUACUACAUGUCAUGUUACAGAGCGUCUAGCAAGGAUUUGUCGGCACUAGAUGACUAUGUCCAAGAGAAUUGUCGUCCAAAUUCUCCAAUAAUAUGGACAAGGUUUGGAGAAUCGCAGACUGUCAACAGUGUGAAGGUGGCUGACAUUCUCAAUAGCAGAAAAAUCUAUAUUUUGUCUGAAAAAGAUUCCCUUAUCUAG